UACAGCUCAGUAAUGAUUGUGUCCAACGUGAGUCUCAGUUGCGCGAGAGCCAGUGGUGCGUGGUGCGCCAGCGACGGUGACGGCGGCAACGGCCACUUGGAUGGGACUCCCGCAGAUCACACUCUGAGCCCGACCGGACACUUGGUCGUAGCGGUGUGUCUGGGCUUCAUUGGGACUUUCGGUUUUCUCAAUAAUACCAUGGUUCUCAUUCUGUUUUGUCGCUACAAAAUGCUACGCUCUCCCAUAAACUGCCUGCUCGUGAGCAUUUCUGUCAGUGAUCUGCUAGUGUGCGUCCUGGGAACUCCAUUCAGCUUUGCGGCCAGCACGCAGGGACGAUGGCUUAUCGGCCGAGCAGGUUGCGUGUGGUACGGCUUUGUAAACGCUUGUCUAGGUAUCGUAUCCCUUAUCUCAUUGGCUGUCGUGUCCUAUGAACGCUACUGCACCAUGAUGGGUGCCACACAGGCAGAUGCCACCAACUACAGGAAGGUGAUGAUUGGCAUUACUUUCUCAUGGAUGUAUUCCAUGGCCUGGACGCUGCCCCCUCUGUUCGGGUGGAGCCGCUACGGGCCCGAAGGACCGGGCACCACCUGCAGCGUGAACUGGGCUGCGAAGACAGCAAACAACGUGUCUUACAUCAUCUGCCUUUUCCUCUUCUGCCUCAUCCUUCCCUUUGUGGUUAUUGUCUACUGCUAUGGUAAGCUGCUGCAGGCUAUCAAACAGGUGAGCAGGAUAAACACGGUGAUGAGCCGGAAGCGGGAGCAGCGUGUCCUCUUCAUGGUAGUCACUAUGGUGGUGUGUUACCUGCUCUGCUGGCUCCCCUACGGCAUCAUGGCCCUGCUGGCCACUUUCGGACACCCCGGCCUCGUCACUCCAGAGGCCAGCAUCGUCCCCUCCCUGCUGGCCAAGACCAGCACCGUCAUCAACCCCGUCAUAUACAUCUUCAUGAACAAACAGUUCUACAGGUGUUUCCGAGCCUUUUUGAUGUGUACGACCCCAGAGAGGGGUUCUAGUUUUAAGAAUUCGUCCAAGGUCACAAAGACCCUCAAGACGGUGCGACGUGCCAACGGCCACAACGUCACCUUCGCGGUGGCCUCCAUGGGCCAGCCGACCACCUACGCCCCGGAAAGCGCCGGCAACAAGACCUCCUCAGAGGGACAAAGAGAGUGUCCCACACCCACAGCGGUCAGACCCGGGGCUGCCGCCCAACCCAGCGUCUCUCUAGUGGCCUAUUACAACGGCUGA